AUGAUUCCAAUCUUCUUAUUGCAACUGGAGGCUAAUCUGUUGAAAAAAGUCCACCUGGAUGGGAUCACCCGCAAAUUGAAGGGAACCCAUUUGAUUGGAACCCAUAAAUCACCCCCCCAUGAUAUUCAGAGGGAUCUUCAGCCACAUGGAGAAAGAUUGAAGAAGUACCAUUCAACAGAAUAUCAAGAUUUUCCAUCACAUUAUCCACACCCACAUGAAGAAAAAUUGGAGGUAGACCAUGUGGAACAACAUCAAGAUUUCUCAACACAUGAUCAUUUGGACCCCCACAAAGAAAUGGUGGAUGUACAUCAUCUGGAACAACAUCAAGAUUUUUCUGCGCAUAAUUUGCACCCAUAUGAAGAAAAUUUGGAGGUAGACCAUCUGGAACAACAUCAAAAUUUCCAAACACAUGAUUGGGACCUCCAGAACAAAAAAAUGGAGGCAGAUCAUCUGGAACAGCAUGAUUUGGACCCCCAUGAAGGACAUUUCCAGGGGGGGCAUUUGGAAGAACAUAAAGCUUUGAUAAUGUAUGACUUCCAUCCCCAUAAACGUAGGUGA